ACUUGUCCGAUCACGCAAACUCCAAAGCGUGUGGCAGAGUUUGAAAACUCCGAGAAUUCUAGAACAUGGCUUCAUGACAGAGGUCUGUUGUGUGCUCUGCUUCCCUAGAAGAUCUUGUAUCUCACAUGAUUUAAAAUUACCCUCUCCAUUCUAUGGCUAUCCCCACGACCUCAACAUUGGGAUUCUGUAAUUUUGCAAUCUUUCGAUAAAGUGGGAUAGCUGGGACUAUGGAAGAGGAGCUCACAGGAAAGGGCCUGGCUCAGAGUGAGCAGGGAUUCGUGGACUGUGGUCGUGACAUUCCUGGGGAGACUGGAACAGAGGAAGACUCAACAACUAAUGCUCUGUUUGCUGGGCACCUGCUGCAGAGCAGCGGUUCUGGAACUCUUGUGCAGAACACUGCAGCAAGUCCGUUGUUGAGGCGCAGCCUAGGUGACUCCAGACCUGAAUCAGAGGCUGGGACUGCAGAACCCAUGUUGUUUUCACCAAUCAAAAUGCUUGACUUUGAUGAGUUUGAGGGGACAGGAAACCACUCACGGCUUCCUGGUGCCAGCUUGUCAAAGUCUUCUACACCUAACCCAAAGUCUGCCACAAAAUCUGGCACAGCUCUCUCCCCUGAACACCCAGUAGCUCUGUCUGUGGGUGAGAUGGAAGCCAGCCCAAUUCUUCCUGAACAUUACAUGGAGAGUGCAAUGGAGAGGGAGCUGGAGUGUCGGCUGAUGGACGCUGGCAGAAUGGGUGAGGAAUCACCUUCAGACAGGGGCUCGCGCGAAAGGUCGCCGGUCAUUGACGGUGCUGAACAUGAGGAUACCAUCCAGAAUCGCUUUCAGAUGAUGGCUGGGCGUCCUCCCCGACAGGAUUUCAAGGGGAAAGGUUUCCAGAGACCAGAGGUAGUGUCUGGUCAGAGUGAGGUAGGAUCCCCGCAGAUGUACCCUGUGCGCAUGGGGCCUAACCACAGAAAUGAUGGCCUGGCCAGUUACAAAAUAUCACGCCCUUCCCACGUGCAGGGAAUGGCACAAAAUGACUUCAGCAGUACGGGUACCAGAGUUACCCCCACCAACCAAAAGCCAUGGCAAGGACACUUCACAGGGUUUCCUCACUCUCAGCCCAUCUCUCAGGGAGCAUUUGGGGGUAAAGCAACACAGCAGCCCAUUGGUAGCAGGGUAUCAGGUCAAGACAGAUCUUCUGGUUUUCUUGGGUGGGCACAGGACAAGGGAGGUAACUCUCAACAGGUGCAUUUAAGAGCGGGUACUUCUGUGCCACUUGCUGGAAAUGCGUUGUUUUAUGGAAACGAGAAUCAAUCGGCUCAAACAGACAGAAACAACUCUGAAGCAUCCAUGGCAACUACCUCCCAUUCAGCUGUAUCAAAUUUGAAAGGGUUUGAGUUUCAGGACACAGCAGUGUCCAAAUUUUCAGUACUUGUGCCCGAUGAGUCCCACUUUACACCUCAAGUUUACCAGGAUUUUACAUCUGCGCCUCAACCUUCUUCACCUCCUAUGUCAGGAGAGCUACCAAUGUUCAGCCAUCCAGAAGGCAAGGAUAUGGAUGAGGUCCUUGGGCAUCUGAAGAAGGUCAUUCAACAAGGGCAGGCUUUAGUAGGUAAUGUAGAACAUGGCAAUGCAGAUGGUGUUAGUGACCUUCUUGGGGGUCAAGGUCAUUCAAGUCAAGUUCCUCGAGCAGCAGAUUCAAAUUUUUCUCCCAGAAGCCAGGGGAGCACUUUGUGGUUUGACACACGUGGUCACUCAGAACCGUCCAACCCUGUCUGCCUCGAUGAUGCCUCACAACGUAUAUGGGGAGACAACUCUGGCAGAUACCAAUCAGAUCCAACGCUUGUGGCAGAGAAUCGGUUCUUAAAGGAAACACUGGAGAAAGAGCGAUAUCGCAGAAAGCAUUGUGAAAGCCAUAUACAACAGUUGAACUCAAAGCUAUUGGAAGCACAACAGCAGCUUGCCGUGGUUGUUGCACAGAGCAAUAAGAAGGACUCAAUGGUAGAGCAGUUGGAUAAGCAAUUUGCUCAGGUGGUGGAUGGCUGGAAGAGGAAAGAGGCUGAUUCAGAAGAACUCCUCAAAAAGCUGAAGGCAGAGAAGAGUCAGAUGGAGUCCUCUCUUCAGCAGCAAGCUGCAGCACUGAAGAAAUUUGAGUCCGAUUUAGCAGGGUUAGUAGAGGAGUUGAGAGAAGAAAGGGAAACAGCCACAAUAUCCAUGGAUAAACUAAACACCCAGUUAGAAGAGCAGUCCCGUGAAAUGUCCAGCAUGUUUGAUCAGCUGUCCUCAGAAAGAGAUCGGGCGCAGCGGAUGACCGCAGAAUGGGAGCGAGCUAAGGAAGGUCGUGACCUUGCUGAGGUCAAAGUUGAGAAUCUUCAGGAGCAGCUUCACAAGGAACAAGACAACUGGUACAGACGAGAGCGAGAGCUACUCCACAAACUGGACGAGCUGACAGACAGCAAGCUGAAGGCCAUCCAGGAAGAGAGGAAGCGUACUGAGGAGAAGGGCGCCCUGGUACAGGAAGUGGAAGAACAGCUGAAAGUGAUCGUGACAGAGAUGGACAAACUAGAGAAGGAACUGGACGCUGCCGUCAGGGAAAAGGAGAGCCUGAAGGUAGAGAUGAGUCUAAACGAAGCAAAGCACGAGAACAAUCUGAAGAAGCUGGAGGCUGAUCUGAAAUCGGACUAUGAGACAAGGAUUUCUGAGAAGAUGACAGAGUUCAGUGUAGAGAGAGAGGCCCUAGAGCAGAGACUGACAGCUGCUCAUCGGCAGCACGUGGAGGAAUUGACGAGUCAGCACCGAGCUGAAAUCUUACAACAGACCCAUCAUUACGAGGAGAUGAUGAAACAGAAGGCAGAGCUGGAAUAUCAAGAGUAUUCCAAAAAACUAAAUGAGAUCCAGAGUGAAAAUACAGCUCUGAAAGCCAAGAAGUACAAACUGGAAGUACAAAGGACGGAGGUGUUGUCCAAGUUACAGCUGCUGAUGCAGUCCCAGUGGAACGAGGCCUUGUCUAUUUUGGGCACCUCCUCUCCCAGUAGGCCUCAACAGAGAACCAAUGGUACGGCUCACCGCCCUGUGUCCAGCACAUCUAGUCUUCUGUCGGGUUUGAACCUCAGUGUCCUGUCACAGGUGCCAAGCUCUGGAAGUUCCACAAGCUCUACAGCCAUGGAGAAUUUUCCAAACACACCUACUCGAGAAAGCAUCCUCGCUGUCAUCAACAAGAACUUCCCUUCCCAACAGCCAUCUCUUCCUGCCCGUAACUCUGUGGAUGAGUUGUCAUGGCAACACAGUCGGAACCGAAGUACAAAUAAUCAGAUUGGUCCAUCCUCACUACCUGCUAUGACAUCUGAUUUAUUAAAUUUCACUUCUCAAAGCUCCUCCAUGCACAGCCAAGAAAGGGACCCAGUGCGAGGUACUUCCAGCGGCACUUCUCAAGGCGGAGUACAAGACACAAAAUCAUCAUCUCCAAGUGUUGGUAGAAGCACAUCUGGCCCAGAUCAGAGAUCUACACCCAAGCAUCUCUAUGGUGACCAACCAUCCAAUCAGAACAGCUCUCCAGGAUUUACUAGUGCUCACUAUGUGAAAGGCAAAGCAGAACUACACCUGAGGUCAAUUCCCAGUGGAGGGGAUAAUUUAGAGUCUAGAGAGCAUGGCCAUUCAGAUCCCAGUGUGAUGUCGCUUAGCAACCGUCUCCAGGGUACAUCUCUGACAUCACAGAAUAAUGAUUACCCUGGCAACAGUAGGGUGUCGCAUGACAGUAGUUUCCAAGACAACAAGGUUUUGACACAUGACAAUCGUUUUACAGCAAGCAGCGGUGCUUCACGGAUGAACCGUUUCCAUAGCAAUGAUUUAAUGUCACAAGAUAACCGUUACCAUGGCAGCAAUCCAUUAUCACAAGACAACGGCCCAGCUGAUAUUAGUCUGAUAUCAAGUAUCCAUGAUACAACAACGACUUCUCAUCAAGACCUCAGCUUUCGUAGAGGACCUGACCAAUCAAAUCAAGCCAUUGCUAUCCGACCUCCUCAGCAGAGGUCACGGACAAUGCAGAUUGAGUCAGGACAGAAAGUAGCACAAGUCAAUGGUCGUCCAGGGCACUCACUCAGUGCAGAGGAGCGCAACACAAUGUCACCCACAGGAAGUGGGGUGAUCCACCGCCUGCGGGAUUACAGCGAGGAUAAUACCAGCUGCUCUGAAAACCAGAGUGAAUCUGGGUUUGAGGCUGGUCCAAGACGACUAGAGUUCUCUCCCCCUACCAAGCAGCCACGUCCACCAUGGGUCCGAACAUCAUCAGAUUGGUCAGGGUCAGAGGAACAGGCAGAUUCUGUCGUGGACGAGACUCUGAGGUUAAAUGAGGAAUACAGUGAGAUAUCUGACAAGCUGGGAAAGCAUGAAUCCCGACAGACUGAACUCCAGCAUUACAUACAGAUGGUGGGUAUUCUGUUGAGGUGA